UUUUAUACAGAGAACAGCACCAUAAAAGUGAUACAAAGAAAACAUUUAGGUCAAUUUAAUAACAAUAUUUAUUAUUAUUAUUAACAGUAGUUAUCAAAGUUGUUGUUACAUGUUACCGCCCACUUGUGGGCGGGGUCCUACGAGCUGUUUUCUUAGGUAGCCUGCUAAAAUGCCCGAACUCAAAACACUUCUUUUUCCAAGAUGGCGUCGAUGAAGGACAGCGACACUGGCCUGUGGCUUCACAACAAACUAGGAUCAACAGACGAGCUGUGGACACCCCCGAGUAUCGCUUCCCUGCUCACAGUGUCAGUAAUUGACAAUAUACGGUUAUGCUUUUCCAGCCUGUCGCCGCCGGUGAAGCUGAAACUGCUUCUAGGGAUGCUGCAUCUUCCACGGCGGACCGUUGACGAGAUGAAGGAGGCCUUGUCCGAGAUAAUCCAGCUGGCUACGGUGGAUUCAGAGCCAUGGGUGCUGAUGGUUGCAGAUAUUCUAAAGUCCUUCCCAGAGACGGGAUCUCUCAAUCUGGAUUUAGAGGAGCAGAAUCCAAAUGUGCAGGAUAUUUUAGGAGAGCUCAGGGAGAAAGUGAGCGAGUGCGAGGCGUCGGCCAUGCUUCCUCUAGAAUGCCAGUACUUGAACAAGAGUGCCUUGACCACUCUGGUGGGACCCCUGACGCCUCCCGUCAAGCAUUUCCAGCUCAAGAGGAAGCCCAAGAGUGCGACUCUCAGAGCAGAGCUGCUGCAGAAGUCGACGGAGACGGCCCAGCAGCUGAAGAAGACAGCCGGAGUGCCUUUUCACGCCAAAGGGAGGGGACUGGUCAAAAAGAUCGACACGACGACGCCCCUCAAAGGGAUCCCUAAAGCCCCGUUCCGCAGCCCAACUGCCCCGAGUAUGUUCAGCCCUCCCAGUAACCGCACCCCCAUCGCUCCUGCACGGACACCCCUUCGCAAAGAGAGGGGCGUUAAGCUUUUAGAUAUUUCUGAGCUGGAUAUGGUUGGAGCUGGACGAGAAGCAAAGAGGAGAAGGAAGACUCUGGAAACGGAAGCUGCAGAGAAACCAGCCAAAGAAGAGGCCGUGGUGGAGAACACUACGCCAGACUACGCUGCAGGUCUCGUCUCUGCACAGAAAUUGGGAUCCCUGAACGAGAACCCUCUACCAUCAACCAGCUACCUGCCUGCCACACCCAGCAUGGUUCCCUCCUCCUCCUACAUUCCCAGCUCAGAGGCACAGCCAGCGAAUGCUGGCGGGUCCAAUCGAGACCCGCUGCAGGCUGCUCGCCAGCCCGAAGAGUCGGCGGCGGUGGCUGUCGGUGCGGCCGCCACUUUGCAGACCCAGUACAAGCAGAGGACACCCAUGUACAACGCAGGCACCACGGUGAACCCCGCAACCCCCACCUCCCCCAGCACACCCGCCUCCACCCCGGCCAGCAACGGACCCCCCGCCAUCGCCAGCCAGCCGGAGACCCCCACGCAGCCUCCCAGCACACCACAGACCCCCACCCCGACACCAGCCCCCACGCCAGCACAGCCCCAGCCCAAGAAGAACCUUUCACUUACGAGGGACCAGAUGUAUGCGGCCCAGGAAAUGUUCAAGACGGCCAACAAGGUCACCAGACCAGAGAAGGCGCUCAUCCUCGGCUUCAUGGCUGGAUCCAGAGAGAACCCGUGCCCGGAGCAGGGGGACAUCAUCCAGAUCAAGCUGAGCGAGCACACGGAGGUUUUGCCCAAAGCCGACGGCACCGGCAGCACCACCAUGCUGGUGGACACCGUCUUCGAAAUGAACUAUUCCACAGGACAGUGGACUCGACUCAAAAAAUACAAACCCAUCACCAAUACCUCAUGAGAGCCUCACAUUUCCUGGACGACAAAAUCUGUUUACACAGUAUUCACACGUUCGAGAGAUGGAGGGUGUCUGUCGAGGAGAGAACCAUCCUCCCUUUGGCAUAAAGCAGGACACUGACGUUUUUUUUUUUUUAUUAUUAUUUCCCCACUUUUAAGUUUCUGUUUUUAAGUUGUCUGAAUGUUCCGAUCAGAAGAGGUGAAGGAGUUCCGCUUUAACGGCCGGCGCGGCUCACGCGCGUGCCGAGGUACAGACGCGGUCGGCGCUUCUUCAGUCCAGAAAAAAGGUUUUCCUGCACAAGAAAAACAAAAAGACAUUCGCAGACAUCUUUUACCCUCUACCACCAAAAUAAAAGAUUUAAUAUCAUUAGAUGUGAGAAAACCUUGGACACAAAUCAUUUUCAGCAUUCAGAAGAAGGGACGAAAUAAAGUGAAUUCCAGGA